GUAAAAGUAAAAAUAAAAAUAGAAAAUCCAAAUAAAGAAAAGCAAUAAAAAUCAUUCUCUCUCUUCUCUCCCGAUCUUUCAAUAGCCACACGCGCCGGAAAGGGCGACAAGCAGCGGAGAUAAGGAUCGGAGAAGCAGCAGCGACUGUGACAACCCCAGUAAUAGCGGAAAAACACAAGAAACCGACCCUCCUCAACUCCGAUUCCCUUGCGGGUUAGCGGUGAGCCUCACAGCCUUCAAACACACUUUUCUUUUGCAUCUAAAAUGGAAGGAAUAGAGCAGUGGAAAACUGAAGCGCAGCAAUGGUUGCAACAGGGGAUUGAAUAUGCGCAUCAACUACCUCCUACUCAACUGUACGCGGCUGUCGCUGUCUUGCUUUUCACCACCCUUUUGCUCUUAACAAUUCGCUUGCUGAAACGCACAAAAUCCAAUACCAUUGUGCUCUCUGGGCUUAGUGGGAGUGGUAAAACUGUUCUUUUUUAUCAACUUCGAGAUGGCUCUUCACAUCAGGGUACUGUCACCUCAAUGGAACCAAAUGAGGGCACUUUCUUACUACAUUCCGAGAGUGCUAAGAAGGGAAAAAUAAAGCCUGUACAUGUUGUUGAUGUUCCUGGUCAUUCUCGUCUUCGACCCAAACUAGACGAUUUCUUGCCUCAAGCAGCUGGCAUCGUGUUUGUUGUUGAUGCUUUGGAAUUCUUACCCAACUUGAGUGCAGUUACAGAAUAUCUGUAUGAUAUUUUGACCAAGGCAAGUGUCGUAAAAAGAAAACUUCCAGUUCUCAUCUGCUGUAACAAGACAGACAAAGUGACAGCACAUACCAAGGAAUUCAUCCGAAAACAGUUAGAGAAAGAAAUUGAAAAAUUGCGGGUAUCAAGGAGCGGAGUAUCAGAUGCUGAUAUCGCAAAUGACUAUACUCUUGGAAUACCUGGUGAAGUGUUUUCAUUCUCGCAAUGCAUUAAUAAAGUUACCAUUGGUGAAGCUUCUGGUUUGACUGGCGAGAUAUCUCAGGUGGAGGAGUUUAUUAGAGCACAUGUAAAAUAAUAGGUGGAUGUACUGUUUGGCCUUCCAUACUUUUUCUUGUGCAUGCUUUGACAGCUGGUUGUUGUAGCCUACUGACUGUUUGAAAACUUGAGGAAGCUGCAGGGAACCACCUGAACUUGCUAGAACAAAGUGGUGGGGAAGAGAGGAUAAAAAUGAAAAAGAAAUACAAGUGGAGAUAUCCACCUAAACUAUGCAAGGAGCUUGUAUUUAAAUAACUGUGGCAGAGGAAUGUUGAUUUUCGACUGAUUUGAUGAACAUUUAACCCUUUUUUUUUGGGAGCUUGGAUUGACAUUUAACUAACCACCAGCUUUGAAUUUAUUCAUGGUUUAUUUGGUUGAA